AUGCCACAAGACCUUUCAGCAAUCCCCCCCGAGAUUCUCCUUGAGAUCUGCGAGAACCUCUCCCUGGGGGAUCUCGCGAAGUUCGUCCUUACGUCGAAAUACUUCGCUGCGGUUGGAACCCCACGGCUAUACGACCAUUUGUUUUUCCAUCGAAUAGCCAAGAAAGACAGCGUCGCCAAGUUGCAAUCAGACUUUGUUCUCAAUUAUGUCGCUGCCAAGUCGAGUAUACUGCUCAGGUGUCGGGCUGCCAACGGCCGGUCUAUGCUCCACUAUAUUGCUGCCGCUGGGAACGAGGUCCUGCUGGCGGCAUUCCUGAAAUGCGGAGCAGAUAUCUCUGUGAGAUGUGCUAAGCGCGAGACGGUACUGCAUGUUGCUCUUAAGAAGGGCCAAGACGCCAUAGCCAUGCAGCUUCUAGAGGCUGGUGCGGAUGUUUUGAAACCAGCUCGCCGUAGACCUACACUCGCCUUUCUACACAACGAUCUCUCCCGGCCUACCGCUGAGAAAGUGAUAUGGGCCAUCCAGGCCGCUGGAGGAGAUAUUUCCGCUUGCGGGCCGGGUGGUCACACAGCCUUACAUUAUGCAAGUCGCUCAGGGCACGACCAUAUAGUCAAAGUCCUUCUGGAAAAUGGCGCAGACGCGCUUGCGACAGAUAAAUACGGCCACAUCCCUUUGGUUUCGGCCGUUUUACAUCGCAGGGUCGAGGUCAGUAGGAUUCUCCUAGAUGCAAUGACGCGGGACCCGCGCGGUUACGACCUCAACGCACCUCUUGCUUCUCUGAAGGAUAUCCCAUCUUCCUGGGUUCCAGAGCGUCGUGGGCAUUACUUCGAAAGAGGCUAUACACUCUUACAUUCUGCAGUCUCCAUAUUUCACCCACCUACGGUGCAGCUGCUUCUUGAUUUCGGAGCAGACCCUCUCGCGGAAAGCAGCCCCCCCGGUCGGCCUGGCCGCACCCCAUUCGAUAUCGCUGUGAUGGGUAGAUGCCCGGAGCUGGUGAUUCUCAUUGCGGGAAUGAAGAAUCCACCAGUGUUCUGGAAAUCAAACGGUUAUAUUCAGUCCGGAUUUGAAACAUGUGUUCGUGAAGCAUAUCCCGGCACGGUUCGUACGCUCGUGGACCUCUACAAGCAGGGGAAAGUCGACCUUGAUAUUACUGCAGCGACACCGGCGAUGCUCGACGCUUGCACGUACUACGGCAGCCAUGUCAUGGAUGGGGAUAUCAAUGAUUCGAUUACCAGUUGUCUCUCAGCGGGUGCGGACAUUAACGCACAAGAUAAGGAUGGCAAAACAGCUCUCCAUCUACUCUGCGAGCACGGUGACUCAGAGCAUAACAAGGCAAAAAUACAAUUGAUAGAGUACUUCCUGAGUCAUGGCGCCGACUGGACAAUUCGAGAUAAGUGUGGGAAUACUGCUCUCCAUGUAGCCGCAGACAAUGGGGACAUUGAGUAUGAUGUGGUGGUCCGCCAUAUCAUCCAGGUAGCCACAGAGCGCGAAAAAGAACUUUUAGCCUCUCCAAAUAACUUUGGGAAAUCUCCGCUGCAUUUAUAUUUAGCAGGAGCUGAUGCUGCUGAUCAAAAGAACCAGAACAUAAUCAAGUUACUUAGUGCUGGUUAUGACAUCAACGUGGCUGAGAGAGGGAACAGACAGUCUUCUGCUACUCACUAA